AUGCGGAACACGGCCUUCGUCUCUCUCCUCUUCGGUGCUGGAGUUACCGGGCUGAAUCUCACGUGGAAUAUCGAUUCCAGUAAUUUCCUUGAUAAUUUUGAUUUUUUCACUGACUCAGAUCCAACCGGCGGCUUCGUGAAAUAUGUCGACCAGGGCACCGCUUCCAGCGGCGGUCUUUUCAGCACAAAUAACAACCAGAUUUAUCUCGGUGCAGAUCAUACCAAUACUGUGAGCGUGUCGGGACCCGGCCGUAACUCGGUCCGUGUAACUAGUAAAAAUGCUUUCAACAAUGGCAUUCUUAUCGCCGAUUUUGCGCACUUGCCGACCGCUGCCUGUGGAAUUUGGCCAGCAUACUGGACAAUCAACAAUGAUGGUAAUCCGUAUGGCGAGAUUGACAUCAUUGAAAGCUACGACGAUACGGGCAGCUCCUAUGUCUCUCUCCACACAUCAAACGCUUGCACAUUGACCGGCACCAACUUUACUGGUACCAAUGUACGCACGGACUGCAGUCUAUCUGGCAACAGUGGCUGCGGAGUGGAAGGCACUACAUCUCAGUUUGGGGCUGGUUUCAACUCAGCUGGCGGAGGCCUCUAUGUUCUUUAUCUAGAUGACUCGUUAAAAGUCUGGGUAUUUCCGAAGAAUAAUGUCCCUUCGGAUAUAACAAAUGGCAGUCCUGACCCUUCUGGCUGGGGUGUGCCAUUAUUUGAUUUCGAAUCAAACAAUGGAUGUGAUGUGGGCACCAACUUUAUCAACCAGAGCAUUAUUUUCAACCUUGACUUCUGCGGCUCAGGUGGUGCUGGUGGCCAGGAGUGGUCUCAAUGGACUGACUGCUCUACAUCGACUGGGUCAUCGACAUGUGAAGCAUACGUUGCUACUAACCCAGGAGCAUACGUAGAUACUUAUUUCCUGAUCAACUCUAUUAGACUAUAUCAAUAA